CUCAUUCAGGGACAGCCUGGCUUGCCUCCUAGCUUGCUUCAGGCUGUCACCCACUCCCCCUGCCGGCUGUCUGCUUCCACGUCCUCCCCCAGAAUCUGUGACAGCGUUGGGUAGAGGCAAGUCCUAAGAAAUGAGGAGCCAGGACAUUUGAGUCCCUGGAGCCCUGGUCAGGUGUGGGUCAGGGAAAGGCGCUCCUCAUAUCCAGAUGUGACUGUUCUUUAAUAUGCAGAGAGAACGGGUGUUGAAGGAGGUGGGGUACUGGCAGGAGGGAGAUGAUCUGAGAAAGGACUUUAGCCCAGCACCCCUGACUGAAGGCAGGGUCACUGAACAGCUUUCUGGGGUCUUCUGUGCUCAGUCAGGAAGACGCCGUUCUCAUCUCUGUUCUAAGCCUCAACCCCAGGCCAUCUCAGGCUCAGGGAGAAGCAAGUGGUUGCUAUGACUACAGAGCAUCUCAACAAAAAAGGGAGAGGGGCUUGGGAUCAGACAAGGAAAAGGAGUGCGUUGAAGAGGAAGCGGGCGGGGCAUAUGAGGGCAGGGGUAGUUGGGAGGAAGGGUCCUCUGGAGGUCAAGCCCCCUCUUGGACCAGGAGAGGGAGGAUGGUACCAGGCAGAUCCACCACAGAUGGGAGUGAGGCCCUUCUUUUUGAUUCCUGUUUCCCCAGCACUUGGCACAUGUGAGCCCAGGAAAGGCACCCUUCAUCCUAGCAUCUCUUAGGUAUACAGACAGGAAGUCCUUUCCUCAGUCUCCUUCAUCCCUCCUGUUGCAGGACUGGGCUAGGACCAGGCUAGGAAGAAUGAUGCUGUGCUCUCAGUGUAACUCCUCUUGACAGAAAAAGGACUUGGUUCCCUCAGUGUUUGGUAACCCAGGUUGUCAGACCCCAGUCUCUAAUCCUUUCUCCUCUCAUCUCCCUAGCCCUGACCCCCAGUAGGUGGCAGGGAGUGGGGGGGGCAGUCCUUGCCACAUCUCUGAGCUAAAUAUACCCUAGCAGUUUGCACAUGUAGCAACUCUGCUUGUAAUCUGAGCCCCCUGGGGGAGCGGGCAGUUUGGGCCACCUCCUCGGCCAGCGGGGCCAGGCACUGAGGGCGCUGUGAUGGAGGCGCCCAGCCGGACCCUCGUGGUGGGCUCAGCGGAGUCCUACACCAGCCGUCCAUCGGACUCUGAUGUGUCUCUGGAAGAGGACCGAGAAGCCUUAAGGAAGGAGGCAGAGCGCCAGGCAUUAGCCCAGCUUGAGAAAGCCAAGACCAAGCCGGUGGCAUUUGCUGUUCGGACAAAUGUCGGCUACAACCCAUCUCCAGGGGAUGAGGUGCCUGUGCAGGGAGUGGCCAUCACCUUCGAGCCCAAGGACUUCCUGCACAUCAAAGAGAAAUACAAUAAUGACUGGUGGAUCGGGCGACUGGUAAAGGAGGGCUGUGAGGUUGGCUUCAUCCCUAGCCCCGUCAAGCUGGACAGCCUGCGUCUGCUGCAGGAACAGAAGCUGCGCCAGAACCGCCUCAGCUCCAGCAAAUCAGGUGACAACUCCAGCUCCAGCCUGGGAGACGUGGUGACUGGCACCCGCCGCCCCACACCCCCUGCCAGUGGUAAUGAAAUGACUAACUUAGCAUUUGAACUAGACCCCCUAGAGUUAGAGGACGAGGAGGCUGAGCUUGGAGAGCCCGGUGGCUCUGCCAAGACUAGUGUUAGCAGUGUCACCACCCCGUCACCUCAUGGCAAACGCAUCUCCUUCUUCAAGAAGACAGAGCAUGUGCCCCCCUAUGACGUGGUGCCUUCCAUGAGGCCCAUCAUCCUGGUGGGACCGUCGCUCAAGGGCUAUGAGGUUACAGACAUGAUGCAGAAGGCUUUGUUUGACUUCUUGAAGCAUCGGUUUGAUGGCAGGAUCUCCAUCACUCGGGUGACAGCGGACAUUUCCCUGGCUAAGCGCUCAGUCCUCAACAACCCCAGCAAACACAUCAUCAUCGAGCGCUCCAACACACGCUCCAGCCUGGCUGAGGUUCAGAGCGAGAUCGAGCGAAUCUUCGAGCUGGCCCGGACCCUUCAGUUGGUUGCUCUGGACGCCGACACCAUCAACCAUCCGGCCCAACUCUCCAAGACCUCACUGGCCCCCAUCAUUGUUUACAUCAAGAUCACCUCUCCCAAGGUACUUCAGAGGCUCAUCAAGUCUCGAGGGAAGUCGCAGUCCAAACACCUCAAUGUGCAAAUAGCGGCCUCGGAGAAGCUGGCGCAGUGUCCGCCUGAAAUGUUUGACAUCAUCCUGGAUGAGAACCAAUUGGAGGAUGCCUGUGAGCACUUGGCGGAAUACUUGGAAGCCUAUUGGAAGGCCACACACCCGCCCAGCAGCACUCCGCCUAACCCACUGCUGAACCGCACCAUGGCUACUGCAGCUCUGGCUGCCAGCCCUGCCCCUGUCUCCAACCUCCAGGGACCCUACCUUGCUUCUGGGGACCAGUCGCUGGACCGGGCCACCGGGGAGCAUGCCAGCGUGCACGAGUACCCGGGGGAGCUGGGCCAGCCCCCAGGCCUUUACCCCAGCAGCCACCACCCACCAGGCCGGGUGGGCACCGUGCGGGCACUGUCCCGCCAAGACACGUUUGAUGCCGACGCCUCUGGCAACCGAAAUUCUACCUACACCGAGCUGGGCGACUCGUGCGUGGACAUGGAGACCGAUCCCUCCGAGGGGCCAGGGCUUGGAGACCCCGCAGGGGGCAGUACCCCACCCGCUCGGCAGGGAUCCUGGGAGGAUGAAGAAAACGACUAUGAAGAGGAGCUGACUGACAACCGGAAUCGUGGCCGCAAUAAGGCCCGCUACUGCGCGGAGGGCGGGGGACCCGUGCUGGGGCGCAACAAGAACGAGCUGGAGGGCUGGGGGCGCGGUGUGUACAUCCGCUGAGAGGCCGGGCCGCACUGGGAGGAAGGACUCUGAGCCCAGGGGAGGGAGGUGCAGCUCGCUCACCACCGGGGUGUGUCUUACCUCCAGGGGGCGCUUCUCUUUCAGAUGCCUUUGCUCAGUGUCGGUUUUUUUUUAGGUGGUAGCGUCCCAGCUCCUGGGAGUCCCUUCCGCUCCAGCUGUAGGUCUUUAUCUCCCUGCGGCGGGUGGAUGGGGGAUGCCCACCUGUCGGCGGUGUCUCCUUUCCCCUCCUCAGGGGGUCUCUCUCCCCUCCCUCCCCCAGAGAAAAGGUGCACUUCCUUAGCUCCUUCUACUUGGGACUCUCCAUGGGGUGGCCCUUUCCCUACCUGGAGUAGUUGGGAAGGGUAGGGGGUUUUUGCUGGAGAGAGAGGCCACAGGCUUUUCCACGAGGGUUCUCUUCCCAAACUCCAGGCCCAGGGUCCCUCCUCAUGCCCAACCCUCCCUCCCCCUCCCCCAGCUUUCUGGCAGCUGGAAGCCCCUUGGGGAGAUGUCUGGGUAGAAACUGAUGGGCAUCAGAUGUAGUGCCAUCUGCCCACCCAGGACCUAACCCUGAGGAGUGGGCAAUCGGAGACGCUCCCCCCCCCCCCCCCAUGUCUCAGCCUUUACCUGCCCCAGGAAUGAGCUUUGCCUACAAUAUCCCUUGCCUGCUGCCAUCAGAAGAGGGGCCCUCCCUGUCCCUGUGUCACCUGGGUGUGGAGCCCAUGGAACACUGGUCCGCCUCAUUUUGAAACCAAAAACUGCUCCUUCAUUCCCACCCCAAAACCCCAGGGGAGAGGCCCUUGGGGUUGGUGCCCAAGAAAUGACCCCUGCCCCAGGGGUUGCCUCGGGACCACGGCUCUCCCCUGGGGGGCUUGGCUGCUGCUGCUCUGUAUUUGCCUUUUGUUCUUUACCCACGUCCACUCCACUCCCCCCAGGAGAGGCCUUCCUAUCCCCCUCUGACCUGGCUGUCCCUCGGCCUAGCAUCCCCUUAGCCCAGCAGCCCUGCCCUCCCCAGCAUCCCAGCUGGGCCAGAGAGAGCCGAUUGUGCCAACGAGGACUGGGCCCUGCCCGGCUGCCCACCUCAGGGAUGGGCACCUCAUGCCUGUCUCGCCACCUCCUGUGCCAAUGUUGUCCCACCCCCCACCUGGGGGUGGGGUGCAGCUUCCACUUACUGGUUAGAAGAGACCACUGCCCAACCUUUCCUCCCCACCCCCCCACCCCACCCCCCGGUCUGGUAUCAUGUGC